AUGCCAAUUGAAUUAUACUCUCUCGCUACUCCUAAUGGCCAAAAAAUUGCCAUCGCACUCGAAGAAUUAAAUCUUCCCUAUCAAGCUCAUACCAUUGAUAUCCGAAAAGGAGAACAAUUCAGUCCCGAAUUUUUGAAAAUCUCUCCUAAUAAUAAGAUUCCAGCCAUUGUAGAUACGGAUCAGUCAAAUUUGACUUUAUUUGAAUCGGGAGCAAUUUUACAAUAUUUAGCUGAAAAGGCUCAACAAUUAGGAAAUGAUGUUGUGCUCAUUCCUCCACAUGGUAGUGCUGCUUAUUGGCAAUGUUUACAAUGGUUGACUUGGCAAGUUGCUGGACUCGGUCCCAUGAUGGGUCAAUUGGGUUUCUUUUGGAAAUAUUCCAAAGAGGAUGUUCCAGUUGGAAAGGAACGAUAUUUGACUGAAACCAAACGUUUGUGGGGAGUAUUGGAAAAACAUUUGGCUGAUGGCUCGAAACAGUACGUGUUGGGAGAUCAGUAUUCAAUUGCAGACAUUGCCAUCUUUCCUUGGAUUCGUUUGUUGAAUACAUUCCCAGAGCCAGUAUUGCAAGCCAUCCCAAUCGAUUCCUAUCCCAAUAUUAAGGCAUAUAUUGACAGAAUUGAACAAAGACCUGCUGUGCAACGAGGACUUAAGGUGACACCUUUUGUGUAG